GUUGCCACCAUUUCAGCAUGGCCUGCUCUGGGCUGGGUCUUUGGAGGCUCUCUUCUUCCUCGGAGUCUGGUGCGGAGAAGCGCUGAGAACCAGGAUGAGGACAGCGUGGCCGUCAAGCUUUACACAUUGGAGGUGGGCCGCACAGAUCACUACGUGUGGAGGGACAAGGAUGUCUUCGUUGGAAUCGUGGCUGAUGCUGGCGAGUGGACCGUGGAUGUAGAAGCGGUUCGCGCUGGCUUCGAUGAGGCAUGCGAAACCGGCACAGCCGAGCUCUUCUCGGCCCCACUAAACGUUAUCAAG